AUCGAUUGGAAUGUUCUAUUCAAAAAUGUAUUCGUGCAUGUUUCGUAUAAUACAUUAGAAGUUAUUGUUGAAGAUAAAAUCACCUUGAAGAAAACAUGUGAAAUACUCAGUUUAAAACUGAAUACAGAAGAUGGAAGAAAAAAUAUACACAAUAUGAUAGUGAUAGAUUUCUUGUAUAAAAUGAGACGUUAUUUAAAAGAAUAUUUUGAAGACUUUUAUCCCUUAGGUUCAGGUUGAUUGCUUUAUCUCCAAAUAAAGUCAUAAAAUGGAUAGAAGGAUGCUUUGUUAAAAGGCGGAGAACAAAUCUGAAUAAAGUAAUUUGGAGAAUUGAGCAAGCAACCUGUAA